CACUGUGAAACCUGGCCCCGCCCUAUCAUGUGAUUUCCUGAGGUUAGAUGGCCCAUGAGGUGAGUGGGCGUUAAGGCGUCUGGGAAGGAUCUCAAACUGGAUUACAGAUGGCAGACUUGUGUAGCAGCAUGAGACGCUGCAGAGGUGACCCGCGUGUGUGUGAUGAGCCAUCACAGCCCCUCCACAGCACACGCGCACCUGCAUCUUGCACAGGAGUGCCAUGGUAACACUUCCUGUCAGGAUUUAGACCUCAGAACGCCUGAUGAUUAAGCAGGCGACUCCCACCUGACAGCGCCCAGGAGGCCGACGCCGAGCCUGUGCAUGUCUUCGGCCACACAUCAGUGCGCGGAUCUCCUGACGCCCGUGCACCGCAGCGUCUGCCGCGCGCAUCUGUCCGUGCACUCCGACAGCGCGGGCCACGAUGGCGGACUGCGUCGGCUUCCAAGCGCAGAUCGCCUCCAUCAUAGAGAUGCUGGCCAACUCGGCGGUAGCCGAAAUUUGCAAACUGGUGGACGACGGUUACGCGGCGCUGCGCUCUCAGAUGGAGCAGGAGCGGGAGAAGAGCGAGAAGGAGAACCGAGCCCUGCGGCAGAGGCUGCGAGACAUGGACGUGAAGAUGCGGAGCUGUGAGAGGAGGAUGAGGAGACGGAGUCAGCGCGAGGAGCAUCACACGGCUCAUUUUAGGCCGCCCAAAGGACCUGAUGACCAUCAGCCCCUGGCACCCCCUCCUCUGGCUCUUUCUGAAGGCAAACCCUUUCAUCCAGUUUCAAAGCAGGAGGAAGCCAAGAUGUUGACACUGGUGAAGCAGGAAAAAGAGGAGAGAGAUGACUGCAACUUGGAUCUGAAGGUGGAGGUUAACAUAAGGGCGGAGUGUGGCCUCUCUGCAGCUUUGGAGCCCAGCGAGGAAAGCCCCCCUGCUGACACUGUCCUCGACACCAGCGUCAGCAGCCUCACAUCCUCCACAUCACAGCUGUCCUCCUCUCCUGCUGAUGCCACGAUGGACCUGACCUGCAGGCCUCGAGCAAAACGUAAGGCUGCUAAGCCCGUAGGCAACACCGAGGGGGUCCAUGCCUCCGAAGCGGUUCGCAGGGACCCUUCGGGGAGCCUACCUGAUAUGGCUCUGAAGCCAGAGGUCCAGACAGAUGAGCUCACAGAAGAUGACCUUCAUCCCUCUCAGCUGUCGGCCACUAUAGCCUCUGAUGAGUCGAGCUGCGACCGCCUCAACAGCCUGGGCCUGGAUCUGGCCUGGAUGCAGGAGCGUGUCAGCCAUUUGGGAGCAGCCUAUGCAGUAGCACAGCUGGGUUUGGGGAACACGGACAGCGGGCACCCUUCUGCCUCCUUCCCCUCACAGGGAGGGGGAGAAAGUCUCGACGGCCCCCCGACUAUGCUCUUUACAGGCGGCGCUCACGAGAUGGCUGCUUUUGCUGCCUCCUUCGACAUGGCUGCUGCUGCUGCCGCCGUAGUAGCUGCACCCCCUCCACCUCCGCCCCCUCCCCCUCCUCCGACAGCUCCCACUGGCACUGCCAGCAGCCAGAGGCGGCCUUACAGGAGCAGCACCGCCGCCGCAAAAGAGCCGGUGGCGUGCGCUGUGUGCGGACGUGUGUUCCCCAGCACGGCCGGCCUGGAGUUGCACCAGCGGGUGCACACCGGGGAAAGACCUUACACUUGCCCUCACUGUGGGAAGGGUUUUGCCCAGCCCAACAACCUGCGGGUUCACCUCCUCAUCCACACCGGUGAGAGGCGUUAUCGAUGCACGCUGUGCGGGAAGAGUUUCAUCUCAUCGAGCCAUCUGAAGAGGCACCGUACAGUUCACACGCAGGAGAAACCCUACAGCUGCUCGCGCUGCGGCCAGUCCUUCAGCCAGAUGUGUAGCGUUCGCAGACACCGGCAACAGUCUCAGUGUGGCCUGUAGCAUGAAUGCUGUAGCAGCAUCUGAUACACUCUGGACUCUGAAUGGUGAACAUUUAAAGAUGGUAGCUUGAGCGUAGAUGAGGUGAUGUCAUGAUGACGUUCAGAGUAAAUGUUUGUAAAUGUUUGUCCUAAAUCAGUUCUACGGUUGGUCUACCCCACACUGUCUUCAUAUUGGUGGUUUGACAGUGAGACACGGUCACACAGGUGAGUUUGUGAUAGACUCUGAGACUAGACUCUGAGACUAGACUCUGAGACUAGACUCUGAGACUAGACUCUGAGACUAGACUCUGAGACUAGACUCUGAGACUAGACUCUG